AUGUCACGUCCACUCACCCCACAGCAUGCUCAGAAGUAUCAUGUCAAAUUUGGCCCAUCCAGAGAGCGAGAAUUCUAUAAGUAUUUACCGCCGUACCAUCUCAAACCACACGCCUUGCAACACAUUGGGCCUAAUACAUCACCAAAAGAAUAUGUCGCUCGGUCCUCGGCGGACCCCGUCCUGACGGCAUUCGCCCAACUGGGCACCUUACGACUGGAUGCGCAUCGUUCGUUGAUCUCGCUCUUCGGUCGAAACGAGCAACACAUUCUCACCGAAGCCACUCAAACCUUGAGCUUGCAGAAUGACGGCAAUCAUCAUGCACGAGAUGGGCUCUGGGUCGGGAGCUGUACUAUGUCAUAUGACCGCAGCCUGUGUAAAUCGGUUAUAAAUUCCACGCCAAAUGUGUCAAACGCGAGGGACAGAGUCUUUGUUGUCCCCGAUCUUGCCGAAGAUAACGCGUUCAAAGACCAUCCAGCUGUGACUACAUUCCCAAACAUUCGGUUUCUCGCAUCGAGUCCUAUCAUCAGCCCGAAAGGCGUGGUGAUUGGAGCCUAUACGAUCUUGGACGACCAACCUCAUGAGCCUCUCGAUGCCGUGUCACUCCAGUUUCUGGUUGAUAUUGCAGCUACCGUCAUGGAUUAUCUGGGAACUAUUCACUCGAAAUCCCAAUGUUUCCGCAGUGAGCGCAUGAUGGUUGGCCUUGGAAGCUUCCUGGAGGGAAAGGGCAGUCUACGCAACUCAUGGGUCCUCGACACUGACGUUCCUCAAACCCCAUCUGCUGAGAUGGACCGUGCAGAGGGACAUGUCGAUCGAGAACAGCAAGAAAAGCAACUUUCACGCAACGUGACUCAGCCUGUGGCUCAGCAUGGCACACCAAGCCACCUGCCUUUUCGUCCGUACAAUCUUCAUAUUCCUAGAAGCAAAGCCCUGCAAGGGAAUAGGGAGAAAUACCAAUCACUUUGCGACUCGACCACCAGCAAGAGAGACGCCAAGGCCUUAUUGAAACUCAAAGAAGCGUCUCAAGCAGCCAUGACAAUCGGCAGUGAUCAAUCAAGGCAGCAAUCACCGAAGGACGAUUAUACUGCCAAAGUGAAUAAAACAUUUGGACGUGCAGCCAAUCUCAUCCGUGAAAGUAUCGAAGUUGAGGCGGUUGUCUUUUUCGACGCCAAUUUUGGCUCUCAGGAAACUUUAGUGGACAAUGCAGAGUCUGGCACGGAAAGCAGUAGUUUUGAAAGCUGUUCUUCGGGCGAUGAGGCCACAUUCAGAAGCUCCCCCCACCGUUCAUCGUUUGACCCAGAACAGGCUGAAAGCUCAGGCAAAGCUACGUUGAACCCGUGCGAGAUACUCGGAUUUGCCACUUCGAAUUCCUCUAGCGUCAAUGAUCAGUUGAUGGACGACAACAAAAUCGCAUUAUCAGAGUCAUUUCUCGGGGGCCUUUUGCACCGAUACCCUCGAGGGAAGAUCUUCAAUUUUGGCGAAGAUGGAACAAUCUCAUCUGAUGAUACAAGUGAUGGUAUAAUAAAACGAUUUUUGCGACGUCCUGGGGCCAAGAAGUAUAAAAAAACACGGAAGUCGCUUGUGCGCCAAGAUGCCCAGAGCUUGCUUCAACUCGCCCCUGAGUCUCGAAGCAUCAUCUUCUCGCCUUUGUGGGACUCGCACAAGGGUAGAUGGUACUCGGGGACUCUGGCGUGGACAAAAGCACCCCACCGUGUCUUCACUUCGAAUGAUGACUUAGCAUUCCUCUUGACAUUUGGAACUAGUGUCAUGGCAGAAGUGCACCGACUUGGUGCUCAUUUCGCCGAUCGAGCAAAAUCAGACUUGCUCUCAGGACUCAGUCAUGAACUUCGAUCCCCUCUGCAUGGCAUUUUUGGAACAGCGGAACUCUUGAAUGACACUGUUAUGGACGCGCUACAACGAGGAUUUAUUCAUACGAUUUCUUCUUGUGCAUACACACUACUAGGCUCGAUCAAUCAACUCCUCGAGCAUGCUAGUAUCAAUGAUGUUCGAUCACACUCUGUCGCCAAACCCCCCGGUGGUGGCAUUCAGGAAAUUCCCGUCGACCGGAAAGCGGCCGCAGCCCGCCGUUCUUCACAUUCUAGAAAAAGUGAUGACGACACUUGUGUCGAACUUGAUGCUACCUUAGAAGACGCAGUUGAAACGGUCUUUGCUGGUUAUUCCUUCUUCAGCAGUUCACGAUCCCCUCUUCGGGGUAUUGAUACCCCUUCUACAUUGGAUAACAAACUUCUCCAUACACGUGGUGGGGUCAAGGUGGUUUUGAACAUUGACCACGCCCACAGCUGGAAAUUUUCAACACAAGCCGGGGCUUGGCAUGUCAUCCUCACGAAUAUCUUUGGGAAUGCCUUGAAAUUUACGCAAAGCGGUUAUAUUCACAUCUCUAUGAAGGCCUCUCCAACGAAAUUCGGAAAAAAUGGCGAGGUCACAAGCUCAGCAGUCACAGUGACUGUAAAAGACACUGGAUCCGGGAUUGACCCGAACUUUCUGAAAAAUGGAUUGUUCACUGCUUUCUCACAAGAAGAUAGCAUGACAACUGGCAAUGGUCUUGGAUUGAGCAUCACACGACGAAUAAUUCUAUCGCUUGGUGGUGAUAUCCAGGUCAACUCCGAGAAAAAUGUUGGCACUGAAGUCGUGGCGACUGUGACCCUUAAUCAUGUGCCUGCUCUGGACAGCCUUGACAAGCUGAAUGUUCCCUCUCCCAUGACCAUGACGCAAAAGCUUGCAUGCACGAAGACCAUUGGAAUAUUAGGUCUCGGAGCCCCUGAAUUAGACAUAGCUCUAUACACAUCGUUACAAAAGAUGUGUCUUGAUUGGUUCUCCAUGGAAGUUCUUUUAGUUGGGUCUUCACAAGCACAAUUCGCCCACUGUGACCUAUACAUCUCUACUUACGAGUAUCUGGACAUAGGGAACCAGGAGAUCAGGGCUAUUGCGCCCAGUCCAGGUUCUCAAUUUUCUUCACCUCUCAUCAUAAUAUGCCCGUCCCCGAGGACCGCCCACGCGCUGUCUGUCGGAGCUCAGAAUCGUGGGGAUGCAAAUGUGUUCGAGUUCAUUAGCCAACCAUGCGGACCGCGCAAGUUGGCAAAAGCAUUGGAAACGUGUAUUAAUCGUCAGCAACUACAGUUUGAUUCGCCCAAGAGCGAAGAAAACAUACCGUAUGGCCCAACGAGUUUCCCAGCCUAUCUCAGCACCAAUAAGCCUAAAAUGGACUCGUUUGUUAGCCGGCCGUCGAAUGCAGAAGUCAGCGAACAAGCCACCAUCAAAGUGGUAGCAGAUCCUGAAAGAUGCAGUCAGCCAUCGACAGGCACGCUCGAGUCGAUGAGACUCUCGCGGGGAAGUUUUUGUGACUCUCUUUCUCCAUCCGAAGAAGUCGCUGCCACGAGCCACGAUACACCCAUCAAAAAGCAGAAUGACACCGUAUCAAAUCUUCCAACAACCGUUCUUCUUGUGGAUGACAAUGAUAUAAAUCUCAGAAUGCUCAUUGCUUUCAUGAAGAAGUUGAACUGCGAUUAUGUCAUUGCACAAAAUGGAGAAGAAGCCCUCGAGGCUUUCAAGGCCAAUUCAUCUGUUAUCGGGAUGAUUUUUAUGGAUAUCUCCAUGCCAAUUAUGGACGGCCUGGAAUCUACUAGGCGAAUUCGGGAGUUUGAGAAAAAACUGGAAACCAAAUCCCGUGUCACGAUUGCUGCCUUGACUGGCGUUGCGCAAGCCGACACCCAACGCGAUGCGAUUGGGUCUGUGCCAAUAAUCAAAGGCAUAAUGCCCCCGACCCAUGCACUUUGGCAAGAGUAG